GUAAGUUGCCUUUUACAAUUGUACUUAGCUUGUGUUUAUUGUGCACAAGAUCCGAAAACUCAAAAAAGUUCGAGACUCGGCUCCAAGACAGCCAAAAACAGGCCGGGCGAACCAAGCCGAAGUUUGAAAAUGUUCAGUGCGUGAUCGGCGCUCAAACUUGCAACUUGUGUCUCCGGUAAAAGAAAUAUACAAAAAAUUUUAUGAAGAAAACAUUACAAUGAAAAAUAUAUAACAACAAAAUUCAAAAUACAGAGUAUCAGACAGACAGUCCGAGAUAGUGUAGUGAUUAUAAAUUAGUGGUAGUUUUUUGUGCGGAACGAAACAAUAAAUAAUCAAACACGAGUUUGUAGUGUGAUAAGCGGCAUACGAUCCACAAUCCAUUCCCUUAACAAUUGACGACUAUCAAAAACCAUCCAAAGUUCUUUUAAAUCGAACCUAUAUAAAGAGAACUCUCUUAACCAUGCAGCCAGUAUUGGAAUUCAACAUAUACACUCUGUUCAGGAUGGCUUGCUAUUGGCAAUUGGUGUGGAACUUUAUUUUCGCGGUCGGAUUUCUGGCCAUACUCAACUAUCUCUACGACAACUUGAAGUCCUUGAUCAGUACUAUCAAGGCAGUCCUGGAGCCCUAUUUCCAGCCACAUUUGCCAAAGACUUUGAUCGAGAAGUUCGGCCAGUGGGCAGUUGUAACUGGUGCCACCGAUGGCAUUGGAAAGGAAUAUGCCAGGGAACUGGCUCGCCAGGGCCUCAAUUUAGUGCUCAUCUCGCGCACCAAGGAGAAACUCAUAGCUGUUACCAACGAGAUUGAGGCCGAGUUUAAGGUGAAAACAAAAUGGAUUGCCGUAGACUUCAAACAAGGACGUGAAAUUUACGAUCAAAUCGAAAAAGAACUCGCUGGCAUUGAAGUUGGCAUCUUGGUCAACAAUGUGGGCAUGAUGUACGAACAUCCGGAGACCUUUGAUCUAGUGUCCGAGGAGCUUCUGUGGGAUCUGCUGACUGUCAACAUGGGAUCAGUCACUAUGCUGACCCGUAAAGUUCUGCCCCAGAUGAUUGGCCGUCGCCGGGGUGCCAUCGUCAAUCUUGGAUCCUCUUCAGAGCUCCAGCCCCUGCCCAAUAUGACUGUCUAUGCCGCCAGUAAGAAAUUCAUCUCAUUCUUCAGCAAGGCCCUGGAAAUGGAGGUCCAGGAGCACAACAUCCACGUCCAGCUGGUGAUGCCCGGCUUUGUCACCACAAAGAUGAACGCCUACUCCGAUCGAGUGAUGAAUAGUGGAGCCACCUUUAUAUUCCCCAAUGCAAAGUCCUAUUCCAAAUAUGCUGUGUUUACACUGGGAAAAACCAGUGAGACAAAUGGUUUUUGGGCUCAUGGAAUACAGUACUCCCUCAUGAAGCUGGCUCCCUUGUCACUUCGUACUUACUUAGGCCAUAAAAUGUUCAAGCGGCUGAGAAUCGAAGCUCUGCAGCAAAAACAACAGAGACUUAAACUGCUUUAACUGAUUCAGCUUUGAGUUAGGAGUCAUGUAAAUAUUUGGUUCUUAGUCUUAAGGCUCAAAAAAUAUAAUAAAACACAAAACACUCUGAAAGAUGUAAAAAAAUAAAAUAAACAAGAAAUAUAAACAAAACAAAAGUUGUGAAAAACAGAA